AUGACCGAACCGCCCGCGGAGGGCUUUAAGCGGUGGAGCGACUGGAGGACGUGGGGCGCUUCCGCGAAGGUUCGCGGCGUGCCGGGUACCGGGGCGCGCAGAUGGGCUGACGUCAUGAUUCCGAUUCUCGACGACCCGUCACUUCCCAAGAUUCACGUGCGCGCGGCGUACAUAAUGGUGUUCGGGCGCCUGACAGCUGGCGAGCCGAGCGCGCACUUCUCGAGCCGCGUCACAUUCACGCUCUACCAGAACUUCAAGCAGCAGCGCGCUCCUUACGCCCUUCAGUUUCAUAAGCCCGCAGAUCCCGGAAACCCCCGCGACCUGGGGCACAAGACGUUCGCCGUGGUGGGCGGGCAGGUCUCUCUCUACGGCAUGCCGGGCGGCGGCAACACGCCGUCGUGGGUGCGCCUCACCGAAACAGCCGACGCGGGCGCGCGUGCGAUCUACGUGAACGCGGACGUGACGCGCUGGGCGGCGGGAAUGACGAUCGCGCUGGCAUCCACGUCAGCAGAUCUCAACGACGCGGACCACCACGUCAUCGCGUCCGUUUCCGUCGUCACGCCCGUGUCGGGACCAGGAAAGAGCGACGGGCGGUACAAAAUCAAUCUAAAGACGGCGCUUAAGAAGCGGCACGACGGCGUGAAGAUCUCGGACGGGCUUCUGGAUAGAGGCCAACCCAUAUAUGCGAGCUUCUGGAUAGAGGCCAACCCAUAUAUGCGAGGUCUCUCCAAACUGCUGCCAACGAUCGGGUCAACAGUGCCGUUCCGUUACAACUGGGGCACGUGGGACGGCAACCAAGCUCACUCCAACCUCUUUGGAUUCCGCACCUACCCCCAUGGAUCCAAGCCCAAAUACCCGUCUCCCACCCGAAACCCCCGCGUCUCCCUUAAGAACUUCCUCGUUUACCGUAACAAGGCAGGCAUUUUCUUUUUCAACAGCGAGCGGCUGAUAGUGGAGAACGGGGUGUUUCUGGACAAUGGAAUCGGCAUCGACUUGAGCCGCAAUGCCGGUGUGCAAGCCAAGGGCUGCCGCUUCAUCGGCCGCUCCUCCUCUGCCUGCCCGUCCUCCAAUGCGGGGACCACAACCACAGCCCUUGCCACCAGCAGCAGCAGCGGCACCAUCACCACAACCCAGGACACAUCCAACGGUCCAGAUGCCUCCAUCCCACCAGAAAGCUCCAGCCCAGACAACAGCACCACUGCUGCCGCACCCAUCCCACCAGCCGAACCCCUUCCAGGCAACGACACUACUGCUGCUACAGAUCCCAACGCACCAGAAAAUUCCACCCUACCCGGCAAUGACAGCACAGGUGGUGGUGCUGCUGCUGCUCCCAACGACCAAGACAGCCCCGUCCCAGCCGGUCCCACCACUCUGUGGCAGCCCUUCACUCUCCAGGCGUCUCUGGGACCCCUCGACCCGUUUGCAGACGACGGCAGUGCUGACAGCAGUGGCGGCAGCGGCGGCGGUGGCAGUGGCGGCAGCACCAGCAGCAGCAACAAGGCUUUUGAGGAUGCUGGGAUGGCAGAUCCCAUGGGGGGCCCAUCGCUGCAGGAGCAGCCAGGGACGUUUGCUGCUCCGAUUGGCAUCACGCUGAGUCAGAGCAACCCGCAGGAUAACCUGCACCCCAACUCCAUCCAGGACACCUCGACACCUCGUAAGACUUAUUCCCUCCUGUACUCGUUACAAGGUGCUGCAGUAGUUGUUAGCUUCCACCGCUUUGGCACGUGCAGCAGCAGCAGCUUUGGGGUCGCUCUUGUGGCGAACAAGGCAGGCGGAUACUGGAACACUGCCAUGUUCGUUAAGGGCCUCACGUUUACUUCAGGCACCAACAAAUUCUGGGCCACACCCAAUCCCUCCUCAGGCACGCCGCCCCGGGGGGGUCUGGUGGCGCGCUUCUACGCCAUCCGGGAUGUUGACGGGUCGCUCCUCGGCCAAUCAGGCUACGCCGUUGCCAACUACGACCCCAUCCUGCCGCCCGCCGCCGUCCGGGCGGCAAAGUGCAACUUCAAGAGCGCCUUUUCGGCCUAUUCCUGCACCUCCGUCUGCUUCCGGUCGGUCGGGUUGGAGUAUGACGAGUACGGGGCUACCAGCAGCAGGACUGGGUGCUCUGGGAGCCUUCACGUGGUUAUCGACUCGCCGGAUUCGCAGAGUAAAUGGCUGGCGAACGUGCCUACAGUGCCCUGCGCGGAUGUUAACGAGACGAGGGUUUAUAAGGAGUACGCGUGCGGGGCGGGGAAGGCGCGGCUGCGGCUGGAUGUUGGGGCGAGCAGCAGUGGCAAGGCAGCGGUUGUGAUGGAGUUGGAUCAAGGGGUCAGCACUGCUUGCUCCUCAGACUCGGGUUGCUCCACCAUCACUUCUGCUGCUCUACCGCCCCUCUCCAUCGCGCCUCUCGCCGACAGCGAGUCGGCCUUUUCCUCCACAGACCCGUUCUUCGACCCGAGCUUCUAUGCUGGUGGAGCAGACGACCCCCACACGGUGCUUUGA